CUUCCAGCCGCUCGCACGUGCACUCUCCUUCGAACUGUUGCGUCGCGGCAGUACAAGCGCACUUACCAAUUACACAGUCUUUUGGUGUCCGUAGGGCUCAACGAGCUCGAGAUGUUCGAGUGGUCGUUCGCCGGUAUCAAUACCAGCCUUCCCGGUGCUGGAGGAGAUGACUGCGUGAACUAUCUUCCUGCGAGUCAGCGCUUAUUGGAGACACUGACAAUAACUGGUGUUUUUGCUUACCUAUCGAUCUGGGCGUUGCCAAGGUUGACUUUUCCCGCGUUCAUUCUACCUGGGAAUUCGAAUCCUAUGAGACAAGGACUUCUGGUCAUCCAUUGUAUAGUUUUCGGCAUUGAACUGGGGUUCAAAUGCGCCACGGGGUCUCUCCUUUGGGCUCUAAACCCUUGCCAUAUCCUGACCGUUCUCCAAAUUAUAAUGUUGGCUUGCCAGCCCAGCCAUCUUGUUACCUUGCUUUUCCGCUUGCAAAUGCAUAUGUUGAAUGGACCUCUUCUGGCUCUGGCAUUCCCUGUGCUGAAUACUCGUCAGUUAACUGGGAUAAAUCUGAACCAUAUGUUGUGCCCCGCCAUCACUGACCCAUUCGCUGGACCAAACUAUCGCCUCAUGGCCAUGGUUCAUCAACCUUCCUUGAUCCUGAUCCUGGGAAAGUGUAUCAGCUGUUUCGGCUUGAGUUGGAGCUCUUCACCUUGGCCUUGGCAGACCUCACUCAUGAUGAUGUGUCCUUCAGAAACGGACACAUCUAACAGCUCUUCCUCUAGCGUGACUUCGAAUCCUGGGAAACUUCGCUGGCUAAACUCGGAACCGGAGUCUGAAAUGAUGACACUGGCCGCCACUCCAUGGUGUUGGUCUGACCUAUUUCGCUAUCAGACGUAUGUGUGCGACCGACAACUCCCAGGCAAAUCAGCAAAUUAUUCAACGGGUAAGGAGGUUCCGAAACACGAACACGAUCCAGAGUUGAGUCCGGUGGAUGAGGUUUGUCGCCGCACAUCGUCCAGUUAGCAAAAAAAGACAUUCAUUAUUUUGUGAUUCCUGCACAUUUUACAUAUCUAUCCGACCUUGAUAACAGAGCAGCUCCGUUAAGCCCACCACGACGAUUGUUUCCAGGAUCUGUUCCAUUGCCAGUAUUUAUUUCUGGUGCUGGUGGUAUGUCUUAGUGAGUCUCAGUUUCCCUCUUUACAAAGAUUUACUUCAUAUUUUUUAUUCCGAUCGUCCACAUGACACGUUGUACCUUGUUGCCUUUUUUGUCCAUUUCUCCUCUACACUAAACGGGUAUCGUCUGUCCACUUCUCUUCCAAAUCGUUUGCAGAUGUUUUUGCUUUCCCUCCCGGACGUCGUUUCUUUUUGCGCAUAAAUUGGUUCAUUCAUCGCAGUUUUUCGGAAAUUACUUUGCUUCCAUUCCGUUUGUAUUCCCAUUUUGUUACGCACCGUGUCUCUCAGUUAGCCACACGAAACUCCGGCAAGAUUUCCUGUCCGGCCUUGUGGUGUCCUAAUUUAAAAUUUUAUGUUGGAC